AUGAAUUCCUCUCCAGUGGGCACUAUCAAUAACCCAAUUUUACCAAUGUUUUGCUAUUCAAAACCCUCAGUUAGUUUGCCCACAAAUUUUCCACUUCAAAAGUUUAGCAGAAACUUACAGUUUCCUUUAAGAAACCGCAAAAGACUGCGUUUUUUCCACUGCCCACGAGCAAUUUUGCUGAAUCCCUGUACAAAUUCAGUUCCUUCUUUUGACGAGAGCGAUGACUUGAGCGAUGACUUUGUUAAUCGGGUUUUAAGGGCAAAUCCUAGCCGAGUGGAACCCAAGUAUUUGACUGGGAAUAGAUUGUAUACACAAAAAGAAAAGGAUGAUUUGACGAAAAAUGGUUUUGGUUACCGUUUUUUCAAGACAUUGAGGCGGUUGAAUUCGAAGGUAUUGGUGAGUGAAAACGAUAAAGAGAGUGGCGAAGAGGGAAAUUUAGUAAAGUCUGAAGGGGAGGUUUAUUUGCCGGAUAUUUUGAGGGAGUAUAAAGGUAAACUUUAUGUUCCUAAACAGAUUUUCAGUUCUAGUUUAUCAGAAGAAGAGGAGUUUGGUAAGAAUGUGGAAGAGUUGCCAAAACUGAGCUAUAAUGGCUUUCAGAAAUACUUGGAGAGUGAUCAAGUAAAGUUGUUGAGUUUUAAGGAGGAUAGUGGGAUUUCUUAUGGUUAUAGGUAUUUUGUUGUGGAUUUGAAAGAAAUACCAGGAGGAAAGAGCUUUCACAAAACUAAAUGGGCGAUGAAGCUUGAUCAAAACCUGAUGCAAGCUCUUUUGAAGGAGUACAAGGGACCACGAUAUAAUAUUGAGAAUCAUAUGAUGGCUUCGGUUGGUAAACUGACAGAGUAUCCUCAUCCAGUAGCCUCUAAAAUAUCAAGUAGAAUAAUGGUUGAACUUGGAAUGUUGACUGCCGUGAUGGCUGCAGCGGCAGCUGUUGUUGGAGGGUUUCUGGCUUCGGCAUUAUUUGCAGUUACAGGCUCUGUCUUUGCAGCUUCUAUCUAUGUCAUAUGGCCCAUAACCAAACCAAUUUUCAUGAAACUUUUUGGAGUUUUAUUAGAGGUCUAUAAUAAUCUUGAUGUGUUACGUGAAGGGAUUUUUUCCGAGUUUUAUGAACUUUACACUUCUGGCGGUGCCUCUGCCAAUAUCGAAAUGCUGAAACCAAUCAUGCUGGUACUUAUGAUCAUGGUUCUUCUUACUCGGUUUACCCUUUCCAGAAGGCCUAAGAAUUUCAGAAAAUGGUUGGUAAGGUACCUGAAGGAUCCAGAACUAUUUGAUAAAAUGGGGAUAAAGCCUCCACAUGGAGUUCUUCUUGACGGACCUCCUGGAUGUGGGAAGACCUUGGUUGCUAAGGCCAUAGCAGGUGAAGCCGGUGUUCCAUUUUACCAAAUGGCUGGACCCGAAUUUGUUGAAAUUUUGGUUGGUGCUGGUGCUGCUCGUAUCAGGGAUUUAUUCAAGAGAGCCAAGGUAAAUAAACCAUCAGUCAUUUUUAUUGAUGAAAUUGAUGCUCUGGGUGCAAGGCGGCAAGGAAUAUCCCAUGAAUCGAAGGACCACAUAAACAAUGCACAAACUCAAGAAAGGGAGACUACAUUGAACCAGCUGCUUGUGCAACUAGAUGGAUUUGAUACGAGCAAAGGUGUUAUAUUUUUGGGUGCCACCAACAGGAUGGACUUGUUGGAUCCUGCACUUCUUCGUCCGGGUCGGUUUGAUCGUAAGAUAAAAGUUAAACCUCCAAAUGCAAAAGGAAGACUGGAAAUCCUAAAAGUUCAUGCCCGUAAAGUGAAAUUAUCAGAUACUGUUGAUUUGUCUAGAUAUGCCAAUAAUUUGCAAGGAUGGUCGGGUGCAAAGCUGGCACAACUACUUAAAGAGGCUGCUCUUAUUGCGGGGAGGAAAAAGCAUAUUGAGGGGGAGGAAAAGCACAACACAAUUUUGACUGAAGAUAUGGACGAUGCAGUUGACCGUCUUAGAAUUGGGCCAAAGCGUGUUGGAAUGAAUUUGGGUGAACAAGGCCAAACUCGCCGAGCUGCUAAAGAAGUGGGGGUCGCUUUGACGGCUCAUCUGCUAAGGCGUUUAGAGAAUGCUAAAGUUGCACGUUGUGAUCGCGCAUCUAUUAUUCCUCGUGGAAAGACAAAGUCUCGCGUUUUAUUUCAUAGUCUUGAUGAAGACUCCAACCUCUUUGAAAGCCGGCCUCAAAUGUUGCACCGUCUUCAGGUGAAACUUGGAGGCAGGGCUGCUGAAGAGGUCAUUUGUGGCCGCAAUAUUUCAAAUGCAUCAAUUGAGUACCAUGCUGAUGCAUCUCGGCUGGCUCAUGAGAUUGUUACUUUGUACAACUUUGAAAGAUCUCUUUAUGAUUACAGUAAUUUGAGUGCGCCUCCGUUAAACUUCAGUUUGGACAAUGAAACUCGCUGGAGGACAGAAAAGUUGACUCUCAAUAAGUAUGGAAAGACAGUUGCUAUGCUGAGAAUGCACAGUGCUGCUUUGUGUAAAACUAUUCAGGUUCUUCUCAAUCGGGAAGAGAUCACAGGGGACGAUAUUGAGUUUAUCCUCGACAAUUAUCCCCCACAAACUCCCGCAAAUCUAGUACUGGAGGAAAAAGAUCCCGGGAGUCUUCCAUACAUGAAGCAAAUGCAAGCUCAGAGUAACGAAUUAGAGUACUUUAUUGGCUUGAUGAAGAAGAAUGAAGCUUUUUGCUGA